AUGGCCACCAUUAGAGUACCAGCCGAAGUUCCUUCUCCAGCUCAGGAUUCCGAAGCUAUCAAUCACGCUUUCCGAGGAUGGGGAACAGACGAGAAAGCGAUCAUACGCGUCUUAGGGAAAAGAAACGAGAGCCAAAGAAAGAAAAUCAGAGAAAGCUACAGAGAGAUUUACGGCAAAGAUCUUAUCGAUGCUCUCACCUCUGAAUUGUCUGGUCAUUUCAUGAGAGCUGUGAUUCAAUGGACUUAUGAUCCAGCAGAGAGAGACGCAAGACUCGCAAACAAGAUUCUCAAGGAGAAGAAGAAGAGCGUAGAGAAACUUAAGAUUAUCGUAGAGAUCUCUUGCACUCAUUCUCCACACCAUUUAAUCUCUGUGAGGAAAGCUUACUGCUCUCUCUUCGACUUAUCACUCGAAGAACACAUUGCUUCCUCUGUUCCUUUUCCUCUUGCAAAGUUACUAGUGGCCUUGGCAACUUCAUUCAGAUACGACAAAGACAAGGUUGAUGCAGAGGUAGCUACAAUCGAGGCGGCUAUGCUACGUGAAGCGAUGACAAAGCAGCAAUUAGAUCAUGAUCAUGUCCUGUAUAUAGUAGGAACACGUAGCGUCUUCCAGCUCAGAGCCACUUUUGCUGCUUACAAGCAAGAAUAUGGGAACACAAUAGAUAAGGAUGUUGAAGGAUGUCAUGGAGAUGCUGACCUGAGAAGUCUAUUGCAGAUGGUGAUCUUGUGUAUUGACUCCCCUGAGAAACACUUUGCAAAGGUUGUGUAUGAUUCGAUUGAGGGUUUUGGAACGGAUGAGGAUACGUUGACGAGAGCGAUCGUGACGCGUGCGGAGGUUGAUCUGAUGAAAGUGAGAGGAGAGUAUUUCAAUAUGUAUAAUUCAAGCAUGGAUAACGCUAUUAUCGGUGAUGUUUCCGGAGACUACAAGGACUUCCUCCUCACUUUACUUGGUUCCAAAAUCUGA